CACAAGUGAUUUUCAAUCAAAAUCCCGAGGAAAACUUCAUCCGUAUCUCUACUACCCCGAGCACAAUGCCAGCCACCAAGGUCGUGUCCAGCGCAGCGAUCAAGACGAUCCAGAAGUCGGGCAAGGAUAUUGCGCUCAGGUAUGCCACCACGACCGAGGCCUGGCAGCGUACCUAUCUUGCCACGAGCGAGCAGGACAAGUUCAGUGCCGCCAUGGAGAAGACCGAUGUCCCCUCCAACACCGCGACUGCCAUCCUGGUCGAGAAGCCGCAUGAGAGCCAGAAUGACCGUAGGACUCAUUUUACCACCAUCUUGCAAGACGACAAGGGCAAUCAUAUCAAGACAGAACAUGUAGCUGUUUGAGUUCAUGGGUUUGGAUUGCUGGAGGGCAAGAAGAUCGAUGCGGGGAGAGCUUGCGUCAGUUCGUUCGGAAGGAUGGAACGAUCGAAAUGGGGAUCGAGCCCUGUACAUCAUUCGCUGUGAGAAAAGGGUGGAGGAUUGCACGAGAAGUUGGUGAGGCAAUAGGUAUCUAGAACUAGACUCAAACGCCGU